AUGGAUGCACCUUCCGGUAGGCCACCAUCGCGCUUUGUGCGUGGACGUGCUCGCGGCGGUGGCGGCUACCGUCCGUACUUUUAUUUUCGACGUAAAGGGCGUGUCAUACCGGCUGGUGGAAAUCCACACGGACAGCCGCAAGUUCUGGAUGCAGCAGAGGGAGCAGAACCAUUAGGUCAACCUGGACCUUCAACUCGCGCAAGGGGCUGGAAUCGAUUUCGGGGCGGUGGUAAUAAUUCCCGAAAACGAGCAGCUGCUCUUGAUUGUACGUAUCUUCGACCCGAGAAUUAUGUGGCACCAGAAGAUGCCGUGCAGUUGCAGAGUAUACUUGUUGAAAAUCCGUUAGAAUGUCCAGGGUGGCGUUUGUACUUUCUGCGCGAUGUCUAUGAUGCCGACAGUGAGUUGGCGAAGCGUGUAAAAGCUGUAGGGGAACACUAUCAACGCAAUCCGGCAAACUACGAUCUGGCUGGUACACACGAAUCUUGUUGGUUUUGCUUGCCGUCCCGUAGUAUAAUACAUGAUGAGCAAUUGAAAGAAGUUUGGCCCACACUGGCCGAAGACAUGCGCCAGCGUCCAUUGCGCACCCUUGCCGCAUUAGGCGCAGCCAUUCACACCGUUGUGAAGGUCCACGUAGAGCAGAUUAAUUCUCAAACUCCACAAGAACCGAGCACUAUGCUGUAUGUGCCGCGUACUAUGCACACUCGGAAGAUAUAUGUGCGUCCGGAGGAGUUUGCGCCUGUGGAACGUAUGACGAGCAUCUCCCAUGCUCGGGUAGACACCAUGAUGGCUGUACGCGGUAUUGUGAGCAGCAUUGAGGAGCCCACAUACGAAUUCGCUUGGCGUGCCUAUCAGUGUACACGCUGCCGAGCGGUACAAGCACUGCGCGGACGAGGUCAAUAUUUCCCGAAGCCUUACAAUUGCAAGCAGACCAAGUGUACGGCUAGGGAUAACUUUGUUGAGCUGCGCAGUUCGCCCUACACACGCCUCGCUCCCCGUCAAAUUAUUCGGAUCGAGGAAUCCAACUUAUCACUCCUACCAGACUACGAAUCAACACUACCGGUUACUUUGGAGAUAGAACUGCGCCACGAUCUGGUGGAUGCAGUGCAUCUGGGCCAAGAAGUUGUGAUCACUGGCGUGCUCAAGUUGCGUAAUUUGGGCGAUGAGAGCGACUGGAAUAGCAGCGGCGAGAUGCAGCCUUAUUUAAGGGCAUUGUCUGUGCAGAAAGCUUGUCAUGUCAAGCGGGAAUUCAGUCAACGCGACUUGGAUGCCAUAAGCAUGAUUAACAGCGAACCAAAUAGCUUCAAAUUGCUAGUGCAAUCGCUAGUGCCUGAGGUGCAUGGUUAUGAAAUACCUAAAGCGGCUUGUCUUCUCUCGCUUUUCGGCAGUGGUGGCUCCCAAUUGAACGAGGAUGGCCCCAUCAAUGUUCUAUUGGUUGGAGAUCCGGGCAUAGGAAAAUCCAAGCUGCUCCAAUCUUGUGCUCAAAUCACCGAGCGAGGGGCACACGUCAGUGGCAAGCGUGGUGCACAAUCUGCACAGAAAUUGGGUCAUACUUUGGUCAAUCGAAGCAAACGAUUACUGCAAGCGGGAGCUCUGCUAUCGGCCAGUAGUACAGGACAUUGCACCAUCGAUGAUGUGGACAAGUUGGCAUCCAAACAAGCGCUGCUUUUGCAAUCAAUGCAGUCGGGCGUGGUGGGAAUUCCUCUUGCCGGCAGUUUCGGCACUUUCCAGGCACAUGCUUCGAUCAUUGCCAGUGCCAAUCCGCAACGUGGUCAAUACCAUCAGGAGCGUUAUCUGCUUCAGAACAUACGCAUUAUGCCAGCUCUCCUCAAAGAAUUUCACUUGGUUUAUGUUUUGCUAGACAAGCCCACUAACAUGGCACGAGAUGUCUCGCUCACUGAGCAUGUACGUGCCCUCCAUGCUGGUGCAAAAAAACGGGCCCACAUUGCGGCUCGCUAUUCGCUGAAACCAAAAAGCUGUGACUCCAUAUGCGAAAGCACUUUUGGCGUUCUGGAGGAGGGUGAGGAUAGCAUAAUGCAGGAAGACUUCGAUCUCGACAAGCGUUUGGCACUAAAUGCUAUUGAGGAUGCUGAGUUGGAUUUGUUACCGCCCGUUUUAAUGAAGAAAUUCAUUGCAUUUGCGCGUCAAAAUGUUAAACCGCUGCUUAAUAAGCAAGCUGCCGAGGCCAUCAAAAAGUAUUUCUUGAAUCUGCGUCAACACAGCGAAGCGGAGCACGAGCACAGCCAAAUAGGAGCUGGGCAACUUCUCGGCUUGGUACAUCUUUCGCAGGCACGUGCACGUCUGGAUCUGUCCCAUAUUGUAACGCCAGCCCACGUUCGUGAAGUUAUCUCUGUCCUGACCGAGAGUAUGGCUCAGACGAGUCUGGGUGGAGAGUGUGGUCAGAUAAUGAAUACUGUUGCCGCAUCCGCUUCUGGCAGCAAGUCUUCGCAAUUACGCGCCUUUUUGCGAAUAAUGCAAUUAAGAUCGGCUGCUCUUGGCCGACGCAUUUUCGAAUAUGAAGAGCUCAAGGAAAUGGGCACGCGCGCCGGCAUUAUGACGGGAAUUGCAGAUCUGGUGGAUCAGGCUAAUCUGCAAGGGCAUUUGUUGAAGAAAGGAAUCAACAUGUAUGAAGUGGUGCCGGAUAGAUAAAGCUAAAAGGUAAUUACCUAAUGAAAAUAUAAGAAGUACCUAAUCACAAUCUCUAGGCCUAGCAGGUUUCUCUUUAAAUUUCCAUUUUAAUUUUUCGCGCAAUUUUUAA